AUGGAUUCGCCGCCUCGCUCCGCCACGCGGCAGCCGCCCGUCCCGGGGCACCAUCCGGCGCUCGAGAUGCAGCUCGAAGGCGAAAUGCAACCCAUGGACCCAGACGUCGACAUGGGCUACAACCCACGCGCCGACUUGCUCGUGCACCAGCACUUCUUCAACGACUUUGGGGACGACUUUGACGACGACGACCUCAACUAAGGGCCGUGUUGUUCUCUAAGGCGUCGUAAGCCUGCCAUUGUGUCAUGUUCCAUGUUGGCAAUCGGUCAAACGAUCAACUCGAGUGGCGAGUACCAGGAUAGUGCCUCGCCUUGCAAAAGCCAUUGUGCGAUUCGUACUGAGCCUUUUCAAUUACGC